UGAUUUUGGAUGAUCUGGACUGUGACCCUGUGGUGAGCCGCACGGAGAGGUGGCAGAAGUUCAUCUGGAAGCUCAUGGAGAAACCCGAGUCAUCGCUUCCCGCGCGCGUAAUUGCAGUCAUGUCAUUCCUCUUCAUCUAGUGUCAUCGGUCGUUAUGUGUCUCGGGACAUUGCCGGACCUUCAGGUGGAAGACUCAGAAGGGAAUCGAGUUGAACACCCGACCCUUGGACGCUAUUGAAACGGCAUGCAUCGGCUGGUUCACGGUGGAAUACGCGCUGCGCUUCGCGUCCUCCCCUAACAAGAACAGAGGCAGAUGGAGUCAGGUGCAGAGCUACAGAUAAUGAUGCCUCUGUGCCUCCUCAAAACGUCUGACAACGCAGUGGGUUGUCUGUGACAUCCCAACUUACAAGGCAUUGUGUCCCACACGAGCCUGAGAGUGGUACCGUACCGCCUCACUUAUGGGGCUUUAAAUAACAGCUCUUUACAAAAAAACACGCAUGCAUGGCAGAAGAGAAAAGGGUUGGGGGGUUUGUUGCCUGGACAACGCCAUUUUGGAGUGAUUAUACACGUCACUGGAUGCUGUGAUGGUCGCGAGGAGGGAUAAAGCAUUCCAGCAUCUAUGGAUAUUCAUGGCAAGAACUGGUUAAUCCACAAGUUGAUUCAUACACAGCAAUUUGGUAUAUCCAAUUCACCAUACUUGCCUGUUUUUGAUCUGUGGGAGGAAACCGGAAUACCCAGAGGAAUCCCUUGCUGACACUGGGAGAACAUGCAAACUCCACACAGAAAGGCCACCUGACCUAGCCGGAGCCUGAACCGGGACCUUCUUGCUGUGACACAACAGUGCUACCCACUGAGCCACUGCUGUGCAGUUCUGCGCAAAUUGUGAUAGGAAGCCAAAUAUCAUUAUUUGGUUAUUGUUUAAACAUUUGAUGUGAAAUUUCAAUCAACAAAAUAUUUGAUACAGUGACAGUACUUUCAGUUUUAUAUUCUUGACAUUAAAUGCAGUUUUGUUUGCUCCACUAAAACCCAUUUUCCAAUUUACUUUUAUCACAGGUUCCAGAUCAGUGAUUUAAAAUGAGGUAAAUUUAAUGAUAGGCCUGUCAGAACACUCUUUCACUCGGCUGACCUGUGAUCAGGUGGAAAUGAUGGGGAAUGGGGAAGGAACUCCUGGAGUUUCCGUUCAUUUUCAGUUGUCUGUCUCUCAUUUUUUUCACUGUCUGUUCUGAGGUGUUUUAUAUUAAGACUGUGUGUCUAUACUGAGAGCGGUGAGGAACAACACGUCCUCCAGAUGUGCUUCUGUGGUCUUUAAGCGGAUAAAGAGAGAACCCACCGCUGUUCAACACCCACGUGAUCAACAACUUAAAAGCAUUGGAGGUGUUUUUGUGAAUUAUCUUUUGCAUCUAAGUGGUUCUCCUUCUAAGUGGUUACAACGGUUGUCCAGCCUUCUGGUGAAUUACCAAAAGUUUUUAAGAGGACAUCCUUGAAUCGCCUGGAUGUUUCCGGGGAAACGGCCCGCGUAAACAAGACAACGAAUCUCCGCGCAACCGGGCUGCUGCUGCUGCUGCCAGCAGCUCUUGCGUCGUGAUUGCUGGGAAUUGGCGCGCCCGACACUUUCAUGCGCCUCAGAGCAGAGGGGGAAAGCUUAAACGUCAUUGAAUUUACGCCUAUACUUAAUGUUUCUUAGCUACAAACAAUUUUACAGUGGGUUACAUUAAAUGUGCGUUUGCAUUUAUUCACACAGAUCUUCUGUAAGUGAUGGAUAGGACAGGGAACAUGCGGCGCGCAACUUCGGCUGGAUAUCGUUUACCUGACCGACCCAACGGCCCUCUCGUAUCUCAGUCCUCUGUCUCAGUGUUUAGACAAUCAGCAGUUAGGACACGAAACACCAGUGAAACUCCUGCGCAACACGAUGAUACCCGAGAUCCGGUAAAGCAGGACCAGAUCUGGAGAGAGUUUGUGCGCACCGAGCGCACCGGCGUAAAGGAAUGGGAGAAGAACUGGAGUUUUCUGAAGAACUUUGACCAGAUGGGUCAUCCGCGUACAGAAACUCCUCUCCCCACCUCUGUGUCUUUGUAUUCAGAUAGAGUCCCAAAUACCAGUAACCAAAUGUUUGGCAGUGGAUUGUACACUGAGCUGGGCAAGGAGCUGAUUCGUAUGGACAAACUGAUAACCCUGACAGCAAACCACCGAAAGUCCAAAAGAAAUCCAGAGAUGCAACCCUGCUAAGUUUAGGAUCUGUUAAGGAAUACUCUCUAAUGUUCUAGCAUAGAUUUUUUCCAUUCUCUAGAAAUCUUCUCUUGGGACUUUCUGUUUGUUUUCCUGCCUCCACCCAUAUGCUUAGACAAACUUUGCUCAUUUUGAUGCUUUAGUGGGUGAUGUUUUGUUAUACAGCAGUUUUCAUGAUGAUAUAUUUUUGGUAUACUAUAUUUUUGGACAGACCAAAUCUUUUCUGCCAACUUCUAAAUAUUUGUUUGUAUAUUGUAUGUAUGUUUUUUUAAUGCUUGGCAGAGGGCAUUUAUGGGUGGCUAAAUAACAUUUGUGUUGUCAUUAAUGCAUCUUUUAGAGUUCUGUAAUUUAUGGUGAUUGAUGGAGUUAAGAAUUUUCUAUAAAAAAGGCUAUUUGCAUUGUCAGUUUUUUAGAGGAACAUCAAAUUCAAAUUUGAUAAAUGCAAUUUUUGCUUUUUUUAGUGUAUAAAUGCAUAAGUCAUUGUGUAUGCUUGUAUAUGGUGUGUUAGUUGUGUUA